UCACUGUGUGUGUAUUUUUUUUUUUUUGAAAACAGUUUAAAGCAGUGUUUUUUUAGUUGGAGAACUCUUAAAGCAGUGGCGGUGAUGGGGAAGAGAGGCUGUGCUGUGGCUAUAACAAUGAUAAUGGUGAUGUGGUUGGCGUCUUUAACAGCAGCAACCAGCAGGAGAAGUAUGCUGACAAAUAGUCUUGGAAUGACUCCUCCCAUGGGUUGGAACAGCUGGAAUCACUUCGGCUGCAAUAUUGAUGAAAAAAUGAUCAAAGAAACUGCUGAUGCUCUAGUUUCAACUGGGCUUUCCAAGCUUGGAUAUGUGUAUGUUAAUAUAGAUGAUUGCUGGGCUGAAAUUUCUCGGGAUGACGAGGGUAAUCUAGUGCCUAAGAAGUCAACCUUUCCAUCUGGAAUAAAAGCUCUGGCAGAUUAUGUUCACAGCAAGGGUCUUAAGCUAGGGGUCUACUCAGAUGCAGGGUAUUUUACUUGUAGUAAGAGGAUGCCUGGUUCACUUGGUCAUGAAGAACAAGAUGCUAAAACCUUCGCUUCAUGGGGUAUUGAUUAUUUGAAGUAUGAUAACUGCCAUAAUGAUGGUUCGAAGCCAAUUGAAAGAUACCCUGUCAUGACUCGUGCUUUGAUGAAGGCUGGCCACCCCAUCUUCUUCUCUGUGUGUGAAUGGGGAGAUAUGCACCCUGCUGAAUGGGGUGCCCAUGUAGGAAAUAGCUGGAGGACAACUAAUGACAUAUCUGAUACAUGGGAUAGUAUGAUCUCCAGGGCUGACCAGAAUGAAGUUUAUGCUGAAUAUGCAAGGCCUGGUGGUUGGAAUGACCCUGACAUGCUUGAGGUGGGGAAUGGAGGGAUGACAAAAGAUGAAUAUAUAGUACAUUUCAGCUUAUGGGCUAUUUCCAAGGCUCCUCUUCUUCUUGGUUGUGACAUAAGGAAUAUGACAAAAGAGACAAUGGAGAUCGUUGCAAAUGAAGAGGUCAUUGCUGUUAACCAAGAUCCAUAUGGUUUUCAAGCUAAGAAGGUUAGGAUGGAAGGUGAUCAAGAGAUUUGGGCAGCUGCUCUUUCUGGCUAUAGAGUAGCUGUGGUCCUACUCAACAGGGGUCCUGUUCGUUAUUCUGUAACAGCUCGCUGGGAUGAUAUUGGACUAGACCCCAAGAGUGUUGUUGAAGCAAGAGACAUUUGGGAGCACAAAACACUGGAGACGCGAUUUGUGGGCAAUCUGACAGCAACUUUGGAUUCUCAUUCAUGCAAAAUGUAUGUGUUGAAGCCAAUUGCUUAAACAAUCACUUCCACCUAACGCCAGUUGCUAUGGAAUGUUAACAGUCUCUUCUGUUGUAGGGUUUUAGCUAGUAGUCACCUGAUGUCACGGUCCUCAUUUAGAACUUGUAAUUCCUGAUGUGGCAUGGAAUUAGUUUUUUUUCUUUUUUCUUUUUUCGGAUCAGUACAUGAAAUUAGUCCUUAAUAAUAUGGAGGAAGCAAAGCCUUCCUCUUUAAUUAGAUGCAUAAAAGGUGAUUUCAGGUUGCAAGUGAUGGUUGCAGUGUUGCCGAGAUUUUCAGAUUUACAUAUGUAAUGAACUAAACAAUAAGAUUAGACUUAUUUUUUUUAAUAUAUUUGAGACUAUCAAGGUUUGAUCUUGAAUUAAGAGUCAAUAUUCUAUCAACAUAGACCACGUGACUGUUGGCAUUAGACUAAAUUCUCGUAUUACCAUGCAAUGAAAAUUUCAAAAUUUAACAGAAAAUGCUUUCAUUGAUGUGUGUUCUUCAUCAUCCCCUGGAAAAAUAUACAUAUCCUUCAAAAAGCAAGGAUGGGGAUUAGGGAAUAUUGCCCAUGAUGAAAUGAUUGUCAGCAUGGAAACGGUCACUUAGAAAGAAUACAUUUGAAUGAAUACAGCAAAUAAUUCUGUUUUUAUUCAAGGAACAAACAUAAAAUUAAGUCAUUGAAAUGACAUAAUCAUCACAAAUCCCGGUGGCCAACCGUUUUUUUUUUUUUUUGAAAGAUAAGUUGUUUUGCACUGUAAAACUGAUCCUCAACAAGAAACCUCAACGUUUAUAAAGAGGUCUCGGGCCCAAAUUUGCAAGGGACAAAUGCAGGGCGCAGGAGUUUAGACCGUCUCUCACGCCAGCCUGAGCAGUAGAAAAUGAUGAAUUGCCGCUGCAUUAGCCCACAGUUAUUAAACCAGAAGCCGGCUCGGGGGCGGACGAUCAAAACGGCG